CUGUCCUAUUUUUAGAAUUGCACUGUGUUCUGGUUUGCCAGGAGGGGCAAGGGUCGCCCUAGCCCUGCCGCUGGAGCUCAGUGCCAAGGUUAACUUCUUUACUUGCAUUAUCAGAGGCAGCACGUCCAGCCUGACAAACUCUGCAGUUCCUGAUAGGGAAGCGGGUGGGCACCAUCUAGGGGACCAAGCCCAGCCUGCUGCAGUCGGCCAACUCAACCCCAUCUGCGAGUCUUCUCCAGGGCCCCUCGUGGAGUCCUGAGAGCCAAGCAGGGGCGAGAAGGAGCCCGCGAAGGUGCGCAGCAGGCAGGUUCAGAUCCGCGGGAGACCACGCAGCGAGUCUGCGCCUGCAACCGCCGCCUCCGAGCAGUCGCGGGAUUGCCGCCUCCCGGGGAGCCGAUCGGCCCGAGGACCAGCCUAGCUCGGGAUCUCUGUAUCUGAAGAGGCUCCGCAGGCUGGCAUUCAGGCCCGCGGGCUCACCCACUCCUCUCAGCCUAAUCCAUCGUCCUCAGGCUGGCGAAGAUGUCCGCCAAGGCCGACGUCGGCUUAGCGAAGGAGGCUUCUCGGCAGAUCCUGGCCGGUGGUUCCGCUGGUCUUGUAGAAAUUUGCCUGAUGCACCCCCUGGAUGUGGUGAAAACCAGGUUCCAAAUUCAGAGAGAUGCAACUGAUCCAAACAGUUACAGAAGCUUAGGACACAGCUUUCGAAUGAUUUUCCAAACAGAAGGGUUGUUCGGUUUCUACAAGGGAAUUCUACCACCCAUUUUGGUUGAAACACCAAAAAGAGCAGUGAAGUUUUUCACCUUUGAGCAGUAUAAGAAAUUGCUCGGAUCUGUGUCACUGUCACCAGCCUUGACAUUCGCCAUUGCUGGACUGGCAUCUGGACUAACAGAAGCCAUUGUGGUUAACCCUUUCGAGGUAGUAAAAGUUGGCUUGCAAGCCAAUCGGAACACAUUUACAGAGCAACCAUCCACUAUGAGUUAUGCAAGACACAUCAUUAAGAAGGAAGGCUUGGGACUCCAGGGCCUCAACAAAGGCUUUACAGCAACGCUGGGACGUCAUGGGGUCUUCAACAUGGUUUAUUUUGGCUUCUACCACAAUGUCAAAAACAUGAUUCCUGUGAAUAAGGAUCCAACCUUGGAGUUUGUGAGAAAAUUUGGGAUCGGUCUUCUCUCAGGCACAAUGGCCUCAGUCAUUAACAUCCCUUUUGAUGUUGCCAAAAGUAGGAUUCAAGGGCCUCAGCCAGUUCCUGGACAGAUCAAGUACAGAACCUGUUUUAAAACAAUGGCAACAGUCUACCAGGAAGAAGGGAUUUUAGCUUUGUACAAAGGCCUGCUUCCCAAGAUUAUGAGGCUUGGACCAGGUGGUGCAGUGAUGCUGCUGGUUUACGAAUAUAGCUACUCAUGGCUUCAGGAGAACUGGUGAUCACCUAGGAAGCGUUUCUUCCCAUUGAGAUAAUGGAGAUUUGCUAGACAGCACCCUGAGAAGGAGACACUAUCAAUCAUCUAAAGCUGAUACAAUUAUAAAUUGUAACUAUGCAAUUGUACACAAUUAUAAAGGGAAAAACAGUUCAGGAACCAAACGUAUUUUGAAACUUCAAAAAUUAGACAAUUUGAGACGUAGUUUGGGCCAUAUCCAUAAAACUGUGAGAAGAAAAAUAAUAUGAAGCAAUGAGGUAUGUAAACUGAAUAUAGAAAAAUAGAAAAAAAUCAGACAUAUUUCAUAAAAGCCAUAGAAAUUUUUAGACCUAUGAUUUUCUUACAUUGCUUCACAAUGAAAAUCCAUUGAUAACUGUUUUUUUCCAAGAGGUCAAGAAAUGCUUAAAAAAAAUAAUAAAGGCCAAAAUUUUAACAGUUUUUAUAAGGAAUUAAACUCUUUCAUAAAUACUAUUUAAAAGUCACAGAAAAAAUAUUUUUAAAGUGCACUAAAAUGACCUUUAAAUAUGUUGACUUUUAUAUUAAGCUGUAAACCUCUUCAGUAAUCAUACACAUCUCAACUAUAUUUUCCUAAAUCUACUUAAUAUUUUGCACUGUUAAAACAGGUCAUACUUUAAAAUCAUGAUGUUUGAAGUCUUUUAUGAAGAAAAAGAAAACAUGAAAUUAUAUUAAACUACUUUCCUUUGCAUCGUUCCCUUUGAGAACAAGUGUUGUUGCUGAAAUAUGUUCAUGUUAAAUCACAAAUUGAAACCACUCUUUGGGCCCAUCUGUGCUGUCUAUAUUUGCAUCCAAAUACCUUUGUCAGAACUCUUUACCUAUGCCAUUCUUAAAAAAGAAUGUUUAGAGUAAAAGUACAUUUUCAGGUUAUUAGUUAUAAGUGACAGCUUCGGGUGUGAAGUCUGCUAUUUGCAAUGUUAAAAUAUGUAUUAUGCAGGGGGAAAUGUUUCAAAAUAGUACAUACUUAGCAUUUCCAAAGAAUCCUGUACUAAUGUGCACUCCAAAAACUAUCUCCUUGGCCUUGAUAGAACCAAACUUGAUUUUCUAUCUGUAUCCUGAAAUGCUGCUACUUCAGUAGCUGAAGUCAACAAAAAUGUCUGCACAUUCUAGAUGACACCUGUUCUUAACGACUAGUGUGGGAUAUUUCUACCAUGAGGCUAUGUCACUAAAGCAUUUUGAAAAUAAAAAAAUAAAAGAUAACAUGGUAAUUAUUACUUUUUAUUAAUUUAGAGCAUUUAAAGUAUAAAAAUAAAGGCUUUUUGACAUACUGUAUAUACAUACACAGCCUUCGGUUGUACAUCCUUUGCAACAUGUUUUUUUAAUUUAUAGUUCAACCCAAUAUUCAAUAAGAGGGUCAUUAAAAGUAGGAAAAAACAAGAGAAAUAAGAAUGGCUGUUGUACAACUGCAUUCUAUCCUUGCAGGUAAUACUCUUGCAUCCUGUAAGAGAGAGCACUGCCUGCAUAGAGGCCAUGAAAUUGAACCUUUAACCUCUCCAUAUGGAUGGGAUGGAAAAGGAUCUCUGAAGAGUGCAUUUUCCAGUUUAAAAACAACACUUUUACCCCCUAAGAAACAGAGGAAACAUGACAUUAACCAAUAAUAAUAAUAAUGUUUAAAAAUCAAACAAUUCCCAGCCCCAUAUUCCAUCCCAUUUUCCAUCUCUAUUUUUAAAAGUAGCUUUAAAUCAUAAUUUGCUUUGAAUAGCAAAUUAUAUUUGGGGUUUCUGUUGUCUUUUUAAAUUUACUUCAUGUGAAUUCACUGUUGCUAAGAAAAGACUUGGGGCAGGGGGUGGGGAGGAGGAAGAAAUCUUUGAUACCAUUAAUAUUUGAUUUUUAAAAAUACAAG